AUGAACUCUGUUAUAUUUAAAGACUGGUUCAUACAAAUGCUCAACAAUUUGGAAGAGCCAUGUGUCAUAAUUAUGGACAAUGCAUCAUACCACUCUAGUCUUGUUGAUAAUUAUCCAAAGAGUAAUGAAAAAAAAAUAAAUGUCCAAAAAUGGCUACAAGAAAAGGGAAUUCAGUUUUCACCCUUGGGAACGUUGCCGGAGUUACGAGAGCGAGUCAAGCAGUUAAUACCACAAGAAAAAAAAUAUGAGCUGGAUCAGAUUGCGUUGUCAAUGGGUCAUGAGGUGAUACGGCUACCUCCGUAUCACUGCCAAUAUAAUCCUAUAGAGCUAAUUUGGGCGCAAGUAAAAGGAAAAAUCGCCGAAGAAAAUACAAGCUUUAAAAUCGCGGACGUCGAAAAAUUGGCUCAUGAUGCAUUGGAUUCCGUAACAGUUGACGACUGGAAGAGGUGUGUGACACAUUGCAAUAAACUGCAAGACGAUGAUUACGUCAAAGAGGGCUUACGUGACGAAAUUUUGGAACCAAUUAUCAUGACAAUAAAUCCAGAAGAUAGCAGUGAAAGCGAAGAUGAUGACUAUUAA